UGGACUACGGCGAGACAGGUUCCUUAAGGAAGUGGAGGAUCUUCAUGGAGGGGAAGUGCGCGGUCCACCAAUGAAGGGUGCCAUAGGGUCGAGCGGCGCUGCAGCAUCGGGGAUCGAAGCCAGAAUAUGUGCCCACGGCCAUGGACACGGAGGUGCUCGACGGCUAUGACACGGAGGACGAGACGGCGGUCAACACCCUGAAGCAGGUGAUGAAUGUCUCGCAGCGCAUGAGGGUGCUGGAGGGAUGUCUGAUCAGCACGCGCGUGGCAGACAAGGACUGCGUUCUCAAUGCGCACGCGAUCGGAGCAGCUCAAGAAUUCAUGCGCAUAGUGGAAGAGGAUUCGGGUGCAGUGGUGGGUCCCCCCGUCACUCAUGGUGGCCAUGGCGGUGCUGACGGUAUUGGUCGCGCAGCAGGCUGUGAAAGAAGCUCAAUAUAUUCAAGCAGAAGAAGCAGGCCUACCUCCCUGGUCGAGAGGCUUCGAGGGGAGAAGAUGGAGAUAGCCGCAGAGUACAUCAAGUAUUGGCGAGCGAAGACCACGUUCGCGAAGGAAGGGGGAGGAGGCCAAAGUUCGUCACUCGUUCUACAUUCAUGCGUUCGUGCCGAUAGGGGACUCGCUCAACGUGUUGAUAGUGCCAGCCAACCUCCUGGUCGCCAAGUGCCUCAUGAAACUGGGGCUCGUGAUGAAGCCAGGCCCUCCGCCGCGAGGGGGCCCCGAGAGCAAGCUCCAGAACUCCCCGACGAAAAUGCUGAAGGGGGGCCUGGUCAACGGUGGUAGGAGCGAGGUUCUGAGGAGCUCUGAGGGAAGCUGGUAGCAGUUGUAGUCAGCCGUUAGGACCUGUCAAUGUUUUAGAAGCUGGGGAACCCAGGCAGUGUGCUUCCGAGCAGGACUGAGUUCAAUUUUGGGCUUAUGGGCCCAUCCGGAUUUUCAGCCAACACGCAGGCCCUGAAAGGGCAAAGGGAGUGGUAGAGGUAGAGGCCUGACUUAAGCGCUGGGGCCUCUCCUUGAUCUUUGUGGUGUGUCCUCGCCUGCCUCCGCCUUCCUGCUCCCUCUGUGUGGCUCCC